UGUGAAGGGAAGAAGCUGCUCUUGAAUGCAGCCUGAUCUAGACUGUCAAAGCCCAUUAUUAGAAAACAAUCAGUCCCUGUAAUUGAGUUUUCAUAAUGAGUAAUUUGUCAGAGUCAGAUGGAUGCUUCUCUUGUCCUACCAGAAGCCUUCAUUUAAUUCAAAUCGUCUUACACAUUUCAGAGAUUAGAUCGAUCGGUAAUUUUGAGGACACUUCUUGUCUGUCAUCGUGAUUUCUUACCCAUGUGCUGAUAAUUGUAAGUAUGCAGGAGAAACAAGCCUAUUCAAUCCCCAUCUCUACCCAUCCUGCAUUGGCAUGUAAAUUCUAUGACAGUGACCAGACACAGGUCUAUACGAUGGAUUCACCCGAGGACAUGGGCAUUUCAUUAGUGUGUGUCACUUGUAGGUCUGACAUUGUUAUUAAAAGAAAACCCGUGACAAAUUGAAAUUUCAGGGGACGCGCCGUCAGAUAAUCCCUUUUCUUGUUAAAGGGUGUUCACUAAGGGGAGCAGUUUACUUUGGAAUAAUAUCCUCAAGGAUAGACAACAUGACCUACUGUCUCUGCGUCUACCAAUGUUUUAUAUGAUUGCAUUAUUCAUCCGUUUACCUGAUAAAGACAAAUCACCAAAGUGUAAUGGGGUUUUUCCCUCUCUGUGAACUCAAGACAGAUGCUGACACAGUUUAAAUAGCGCUGCCUCACUGCUGAGAAGCCUAAUAAAGGUUUAAACUACAGUAUAUUAAAAAUGUCUUCACAAUUGAUGCAGAAGUUCAAAACUGAUCUAGACUCCCCUACUUGAGAAUAUCUAUUGUGUAAUAUAAUCAAAAACAAUUAAUAUUUGAAUCAUAACAUUCAUUAGUUCCUUUUGAUUUGGGCUACAAUCUUUACAUGUUUGAAAGUUAUUUUUUCACCUUUUAAAUCUUUUUUUUUCUAAUAUUAAAAUAAUUCUAAUUCAAGGUCCGCUCUAGUUUCUCAAGCUUCCUACUGGAUUUCUUUAGUGGGUGAGUGCAAAGCUAUGCCUUGAUUAAAUAUUGUCAAUAUGUUUAUUUUAUUUUAAGGUAUUUGUGUUUUAAGUGAGUUUAUUUUUUCAUACGGAAGUCAGAAUAAUAAAAAGCCGUUUGUAUAUUCAUUCCGACUGUUUACAAACAGUAAAAUACUUUUAUAUUUAUAUACUUAUAUAUAUAUAUAUUGUAUAUACUUUUAUAUUUAAUAGUACUUUUCACUUAACGCUAAAGACUUCGGGGCUCUACUACAUAACAACCGUUGCCAGGAAAUGACGUUGCAUAGUUACAAGGCAUGUGACGCCCCCAGCAGCCCGCUGACAAACACUUGUUUUUUUUUUACAGCAGAAUAGCGUUUAAUUUAUUCGACUUUUCAACAUAACGCAUACUUUUAAGAAACAAAAAUUGACCUGUAAGGUGAGAAAUACUGCUUUCCUGCGACAAUUCGACAGGGUCGAUGGGUCAGGAACAUCAACAUGUUAAACCCCAGUGAAUUAGAAGGUGAAGUGGAUCAUUCAUUCUUCGACAGUGAUUGCGACAUUAGCCGUGUCAGUCGAGAUGGCAGGAAAAAUAUUGAGAAAUGCCUGAAAGAUGAGAAGGAAAACCUGCCAGUUCAUGAGGAGCUGAAUAAAAAACAGCCUGACAACAUAAAAGGUGGUGUAUACCCAAAGACUGAAGGGGCAACAAAACAACUGAAGCCGGUCGAGAGCAACCGUAAUGACAGUGCAGAAGCAAAAGAAACCUGCUGUCUAUCCACAGAAAAAGAGAGGAGCAGAGCAUCAAGCAUAUCCUCUGUUAGCAGUUCUUCAGCUGAAGUCAUAAAUGAUGGUAGUGAUGGUGAGGAGGAGCUUGAUUUGCGAUCUAAAAGGCCAAAUGGAAAAUGUAUGUCUUUGUUGGCUGAGGAGGUUGAUGUUACAGAUAUGAACAAACAGAGUCCAAAACAGACUGGAGAAGAAACAUCAUCCAGUGCCAAACUCUCUGGCUCAAUAGGAGGAAAUAAACGCUCCCCGAAAAGACGAAUAAGAAAUCGACGCACCAGAAGUCCAUCCCCCACUUCAACCGAGGCAAGCGUUGAUGCAGACUCGGAAAGUUCAGGUAGCAGUCUCAGAGGAAGAAGCGGUUUAGAUCCCCCCACCCUUUCAAGACCCAAAAAAUCUUUAUCCCCAGGAGGGAGAAGCAACCAAGUUGGCUCAGCAGGAUCUCGGAAUGUGCCCUUCUACCUUACAGAGGUAUCGGAAGAUUCAGUAACAGAUGUGAGCCCCCUCUCCUCUUCAGACUCCAGCCCCCACCGGUCACUGGAUCUGAACCAAACAGAGUCCGAAGAGGGACGCCUUACAGAGCAGCAGCAGCAGCAUCCACAGCAGCUGCAGGAGGAGAGGGUGCCCUCCAGUGGCCUUAGCAACACACAUGAAGAAGAGGAAUCUGAUCAAGACAAUGAUGGCUACUUUUUCAGCUCAGAGAGUCAGCUCGGAGGUAAACUGGUCCUCCCCCAUCCUGGAGCGAGAAACAGAAAGAACUACUCGUUCACCAAUGACCAGGUCCGAUGUAUAGACCAAGAGAACCAGCGACUUCUUCGGGAGCUUUCACGCCUCUCUCCAGGACCCAGUGCAGGAAGUUCAGCAGGAAAGAAAAGUCACAUGUAUAAAAACUCACCGCCCAUUCGCCUCUCUCACAGCGCACUCAACAGGCAAAGGGAACAACAACGCAUUGAGAGGGAGAACCUGGCUUUUCUAAAGAGGCUGGAGUCUGUCAAACCUACACCUGGUCUAAAGCGCUCAGAACAACUGGCAGACUACCAGCGACAAAUAGAGUACCUGGGAGGUCCUUCUUACCCUGAUUUUACGUCCACAAUGAAGGAGAGCUUUACCAGCAAGACACCUUCAGCAGGUCCCAGGCCAGUCACUUCUGUCCACCGCAGCUCCAGACCAGUUUCUACUCUUGCUGACUCUAGACCGCAUACAAGGUCAAACAAGCCAAGUUCAGCAAGACCAGCAUGGAGCUGAGAACUCUUGAGGAUAUCAGUUCUCUAACAAACUAUCGCUGGUUCCCUUUAGAGGUAUCUACUGUUUCCUUUCUUCAUGAAAGUUGCUGUUUGGAAGGAGAUGAUGUACAUGCAUACAGUCACUGUAUCUUUAAUUGACUUGAUAACCUCUGCAGUGUGUAGUGUUGGCAUGCUUAUAAAAGCCCUAUGUUUGCAAUAUAUAUAUAUAUAUAUCAGUGUUUCCCCUAGGUUUACAGCUUUUUUGGGGGGGUGGGUGCGCAGAUGGA